AAUGAGCUAGUAACGUGAUCACACGCUGGUGGUCUUGCGCUAUUCUCCCGUUGCUGCUUAGUUGCUGCUGUGCUCGAAUACGCUCGCUGCUUGACAGCACGUGGUGCUUUGCAGGAUCUGCUGCUUCUUGAGUCUGUCUCUUUCUUCCUCGUUCUCCAACGAGGACCUCUGCAGGCCCUCGCAUUUCACUGCUGGCGACCACAGAAAGCGCGGAAAGACGUUCAAGUUCCUGAUGUGUGCUCGUUUCGUUUGACGACGCCGAGAACAAAGGGUCUACCAUGAAGAUUGGCAUGCACUCCAUCACGCUGGCAGUGACCUUUUUUGUCACAUUCGUGUCUUCGGCACCUUCCGUGAGACAAGGGCAUGAGAAAUGUGGAUACGAAAGCUGUCCAAAAGCGAGACCGGGCAUGAUGAACGUCCACUUGCUGGCCCACACACACAUGGACCUCGGGUGGCUUAAGACAGUCGACCAGUAUUUCUACGGAACCAAGAAUGACAACGCAAACGUUGGCGUGCGCUACAUUUUCGAGAGCGUGCUGGAUGAACUCGAGAAAGACCCUAGCAGGCGGUUCAUCUUUGUGGAGACGGGUUUCUUCAACCUCUGGUGGAGGAGGCUCAGCGACGCCAAGAAGAAGCGAUUCGACGCACUUGUUCAGUCCGGUCAAAUGGAGUUCAUCAGUGGUGGCUGGGUAAUGAACGACGAGGCCUGUGUCUUCUACACCAACACAAUCGACCAGAUGACCUACGGUAUACGCAAACUGAAGGACAUCUUCGGCAAGUGCGGCGUGCCUAGGAUAGGAUGGCAGAUUGAUCCAUUCGGCCACUCCAGGGAAUACGCCUCCCUGCUGGCGCAGAUGGGAAUGGACGGAUACUUCUUCGGACGAGUCGACUACCAAGAUUUCCGAGCGCGCAAGAAGGAACAGCAGCUAGAAUUCAUUUGGAGCGGCAGCGCUAACCUUGGAAAGGAUGCUCAAAUAUUCACGGGCAUUCUUCCAAAUGUAUACAGCCCGCCGAGGGGAUUCUGCUUCGACAUCUACUGCUCGGACGAUGCUUUAGUGGAUGACCCAGAUAGCGACGAGUACAACAUCAAGAGUAGAGUUGACGACUUCCUUAUCUACGUGAACGAAACGGCAGCCAUCUACAAGUCGAACAAUAUCCCAGUUACCAUGGGAAAUGACUUCAAUUACCAGAGUGCCGGCCACUGGUUCACCAACUUGGACAAGCUGAUUCAUUAUGCGAACCUGCGGUCGGAAGACACCAAAGUGAAUCUACUCUACUCGACGCCGUCGUGCUACCUGAAGGCCCUGCACGAGUCGGGCGUCACGUGGCCCAACAAGACGGAUGACUUCUUCCCCUACGCAAGCGAUCCCCACGCCUAUUGGACGGGAUACUUCACCAGUCGACCGGCCUUUAAGUACCUCGACCGAUACGCCAACAACCAGCUACAGGCGGCUAAACAAUUAGGUGUCUUGGCUGGCCCCAGGGAAGUCACGGAAGCCUCUCUUGACGUAUUACGUGAAACAUUGGCUGUUGGUCAGCACCACGACGCAAUAACGGGAACCGCCAAGCAGGCUGUUGCCAAUGACUACGUCAAGCACAUUUCUAUCGGUCUCCACUCAAGUGAUAAAUAUGCAAACUAUGCUUUCGAGAAACUUCUAAGUCUACACCCGCAAGCGAAGGUGCCGGAAUUCGUCCGCUGCCACACUCUGAACAUCAGUGCCUGCGAUAUUACCGAAAAGUCUAAAAAGUUUUCUGUGUUAGCUUACAACCCGCAAGCGACACCUUUCCACGUCCAUCUGAGGGUGCCAGUUGUGGGCGAAGGCUGGCGUGUCCUUCGACAGCAAUCGCGUGGAGGUGCCUGCGGAAGUCACAAAGAUACAACGGGUGUGACAACCCUCCGGGAAAGGUCUAGCAAGGCUGACCGCGAAGUCGUCUUCACCGCUGACCUCGCGGCUUUGGGCUUCACAACGUAUUUCAUCGAAUCUGACAGCUCGAAAAAGUGUCUGACACAUCAAAGAAAAGAACACUCACGGAAUGCCACUGCGGCAACGUGCGAUGAUCCCGGUACCGAAGAAAUGGUCCUUAAAGGAAAGAUUACAAGCGCAUUCAUCGAUUGCGCCAGUGGUCUCCUGAGUGCCAUCUCAUGGAAGGACACGAAAAUUCGCGUGAACCAGUCCUUCUACUGGUACAUCGGUCACGCAGGUAACAACACCGAGUUCAAGUACCGAGCUUCUGGCGCCUACAUCUUCAGACCGCAGCAACAGGAACCAUUACCGGUGGCGGACAAAGCCGAGCUGGUACACAUUGAGAAAAAUGGCACCAUUGUCCAGGAAGUUCACCAGAAGUUUUCCGACUGGCUGACGCAAGUGAUACGGGUGUACGAUGACGCCGAUUUUGUCGAAUUCAACUGGGUGGUUGGUUCCAUUCCCGUGGCCGACCAGAAAGGAAAAGAAAUUAUCACAAGGUUUGAUACCGAACUCAAGAAUGACGGAAUCUUUUACACGGAUUCAAACGGAAGAGAAAUUAUUCAGCGACGCCUGAACUACAGACCAACGUGGAACGUUAAUAUCCAGGAGCCAGUGGCUGGAAACUAUUACCCCGUCAACAGCAGGAUCUAUAUUGCGGAUCCCACAGAAAAAGUUCAGUUCACCAUGCUCACCGAUCGAUCUCAGGGAGGUAGCAGCUUGCGAGAAGGCUCAGUGGAACUGAUGGUUCACCGGCGGUUGCUAUACGACGACGCGUUCGGCGUCGGCGAGGCCCUCAACGAGACGUAUUACCACGGUCAUGGUCUGGUGGUACGCGGAACGCACAGGGUCAUCGUGACUCCACUUGACCAGGCCGCCCAAGUUCACCGACAGCUGGCAGUUGCGACGUACUCAGCGCCCGCCCUCUACUUUGCCCCUGUCGACAGCAAAACCUACAUGGCCGAGUGCAAAACCAACUGCACCGCUCUCAAGAGGUCGCUACCGGGCAACGUGCAAUUGCUCACCCUUGAACACUGGAACAAGGGAGACCAGGUUCUGCUUCGGCUGGAACACUUUUUUGAGAAGAAUGACCAAGCGGGAGAAUUCUCGAAGCCGGUCAACUUUAGCUUACAGGCUGCUUUCGUGCGGACGAUAGAGGACAUGACGGAGAUGAACCUGGUUGCCACAGAAACGAAAGGGAACACCAGGCGUUUCGAGUUCGAAACUGAAGGAAGCCUCGAAGCGAAGGGCCUCAUGUCAGGCCACGAAAAUGGGUCAACGGAUGUGCAUGGCCCACAAUACUAUGUGUACCUGACACCGAUGCAAAUCAGGACGUUCCUGGUGACUUUCUCUAAGGACGACACGAAGCACAUGGUGUGCUCCACCCACUGAAAAGCAGCUGCCAUCAAGUGUCUACGCGAAUGAAGCUCUCGCUUUCAUGCCCAAGUAUUAUUACUCGUAUGCAUUCGAAAAGAUUAAUUUUUUUCCGAAUAAAUUCGAAAAGAAUAAACACUCCUAUGGUGCAAUGAUUGUGCCUAGAAAAG